AUGGCUUCCAACCCUCAAGACCCUCCGACCGGAGGCGAGAAGACCGAAAAGGUUGAAAAGAUCGAGAACCCAAAGGAGUCCGACAACUCUGAUGUGUCUCGCGCCGAAAUUGAGAAUCGGCUCAGUAAAGACAACGCUCUGACCGAAGAACAAAAACAACGGUUUGAAGCUUCGGCCAAGCUCGAGAAUCCUCUCGGUGGUCUCACCCCAGAACAAUUAGGCCAGCGAGGCGAGGAGUUUUGCGCAAAACAUGGAAUCACUGGCGAAGAUGACAUUCGCGCUUUUCGGUUAGGCGCUCAGAUCGCCGGUAAUUUGAACAAGUAUGAUGCUGUCGAUGGUCUUACUGCUCGUGAAAGAGAAGUACUAGACAGAGAGAUUACACACAAAUGGUCAAACCCGACAAUGCUUUACGCCGUUAUCGUCAUCUGUUCGCUCUGUGCUGCUGUCCAAGGAAUGGACGAAACCGUCGUCAACGGAGCACAGUCAUUCUACAAGGUGGAGUUUGGCAUUGACGAUCCUAACUCUCAGAGAGAUUCAUGGCUUUUGGGCUUAGUUAACUCUGCACCCUACAUUGGCUGCGCAGUCGCUGGUUGCUGGCUCACUGAACCGAUGAACAAGUUAUUCGGUCGUCGCGGUACUGUUUUCGUCGCUUGCAUAAUAUCGGCUUUGGCUUGCUUCUGGCAAGCUUUUACGAACACUUGGUGGCAUAUGUUCAUCGCGCGUUUUGCUCUCGGUUUUGGUAUUGGUCCUAAGUCUGCUACAACUCCCAUCUUCGCUGCUGAAUGCUCACCACCUAAGUUAAGAGGCGCCUUGGUGAUGCAAUGGCAAAUGUGGACAGCAUUCGGUAUCAUGGUUGGAUACGUGAUGGACUUGGCCUUCUUCAAUGUCCCUGAUUUAUCCGGUAUCAUAGGCCUGCGAUGGCGUUUGAUGAUGGGUUCUGCUUUGAUUCCCGCUGUCCUCGUCUGCUGCAUGGUGUACUUCACUCCUGAGUCGCCCCGUUGGUACCUUACCAAAAACAGGUACACUGAUGCCUACAAGGCCAUUAGCCAACUUCGAUUCGAAAAGGUCCAAGCCGCUCGUGAUUUGUUUUACAUGGAUACCCUCCUCCAGGCCGAGAAAGAGACUAUGCACAUAGGCCAGAGCAGGAUUAAGGAGUUCCUCACCAUCCGCCGAAACCGCAACGCCAUGAUCGCUUCAGAGAUUGUCAUGUUCAUGCAACAAUUCUGUGGUGUCAAUGCGAUCGCAUACUACUCGACUGAAAUCUUCCUAGACGGUGGUUUCUCAAUUCAAAACUCGCUCGUAGCGUCGCUUGGAUUUGGUAUUGUCAACUUCUUGUUCGCUAUACCCGCGUUAUACACAAUUGAUACGUUCGGUCGGCGAAAUCUACUCCUUACCACUUUCCCACUGAUGUCGAUCUUCCUGUUCUUCACCGGCUUCAGUUUCUGGAUUCCAAAAGAUACUACUGCUCACAUUGCUUGUAUUGCGUUGGGUAUCUAUCUCUAUGGCAUGGUUUAUUCGCCUGGUGAAGGGCCCGUUCCAUUUACGUACAGUGCCGAAGCGUACCCGCUAUACAUUCGUCCGAUUGGAAUGUCGCUCGCGACGGCCACCCUAUGGCUUUUCAAUGCAGUGAUCUCCCUUACGUGGCCCGCGUUGGUACAAGCAUGGACUGCUCAAGGUGCCUUCUCGUGGUAUGCGGCGUGGAACAUCGCUGGAUUCUUCCUUGUGCUCUUCUUCCUUCCCGAAACCAAGGAGAAAACGCUAGAGGAACUCGACGCCGUAUUCGAUGUCCCACUGCGCAGCCUCAUAAAAUACGGCGCAGAUCAAUUCGUCUGGUUCUUCGCCCACUAUAUCCUUCGUCGCGACAUCCCGGCACCCAAGCCCCCCACUGCGUUGUCGACGGUCGAAUACUCCGAACACCAGUUCUCUGAGGAGAAGCACCACGAUGCGACCGCUCGCGUCUAG